AUGGAACAAAGAUCCUUCAAGCAAUUCUCUUUCAAGGGUGUUGAACUCGAACAAUUACUUGAAUUGUCCACCGAAGACUUUGCCAAGUUGUGUGACGCCAGAGUCAGAAGAAGAUUCUCCAGAGGUUUGGGUGCCAAGCCAAUGCACUUGAUUAAGAAGUUGAGAGCUGCCAAGAUCAGCGCCCCAGCUAACGAAAAGCCAGCUGUCGUCAAGACCCACUUGAGAAACAUGAUUGUUGUCCCAGAAAUGAUCGGUUCCGUCGUCGGUAUCUACAACGGUAAGGUCUUCAACACUGUUGAAAUCAAGGCAGAAAUGGUCGGUCACUACUUAGGUGAAUUCUCCAUCACUUACAACCCAGUCCAACACGGUAAGGCUGCUAGUGGUUCCAAGUUGAAGUUGUACUAA